AUGACUGAUGGUGAUCGAACUCCUGAAGAGCAGGAAAUUUCGGAAGUUCCAAAAAUCGACGUGGAAUUAGAAGUUGUGGCAAGUUCGACAUUCUCACUGAAUCAGCGAAUUUUGCCGAAUUGUUUGAUAUCGGCGAUUCUUGAGCCAAAUGGUAGAGAAAGUGUUCUUGCGGUUUCGGCGUCGAACAAAGUUUUUGUCAAAGGUUUGUGAUGAAAAAAAUUAUUUUUUGAAUUUUGUGCAUACACAGCGACGAACAAACGCACAGUUUUUUGUGUACCGUAUUUUUUUCGAUUAAAAUUUUAUUUGCUGAAAUUCCAGACACCGAAAUCUCUCUAAACAUCAAUGAACCAAUUCGAUGCAUGACAAUUGCUCCAUUUGGAGCUGGCUAUGAUUAUGUUGUAAUUGGAACCGAUGCUCAUGUUAUAUGCUUCGAUAUUCACAAUAAUCAGACAAUAUUCCGAAAAGAAGUUCCGGAUGGUGUGAAUUGUUUUGCGGUCGGCAAAAUUGCCGAUAAUCAAGAGGCGAUUUAUUGCGGCGGAAAUUGUUGUAUUUGGGGUUUCGAUCGAGAAGGGAAUAAUAUUUAUUGGACGGUUACAGGUAACUUUCAAAAAAGUUUCCCGGAAAAGUCCAAAAUUUUGCAGGAGAUGUUGUAACUUGUAUGUGCAUUUGUGACUAUGAUUCUGAUGGUGAAAAAGAGUUGAUCAUUGGCUCGCCAGAUUUUGAGAUUCGAAUUUUUAAGAAUGAUCUAAUGAGGACUGAAUUGAUGGAAACUGAUGCACUCAUCAGUUUAACUUGUGUUGCAGAGUAAGUUAUUGAAAAUCAGGAAAUUCGAUAUCCCCGCAUUUAAAAUCUUUUAGUGAAUAUUUCGCCUACGCUCUUGCAAACGGAACAAUCGGAGUUUAUCAAAGAGAUCAACGUUUAUGGCGAAUAAAAUCAAAAAACAUCGUAUCCGCCGUUUUUCGCUUCCCUAACGAUGAAUUGAUGACAGUUGUCUGGAAGAUGGGAAAAGUUGACACAAGAUUGGUGAAAAAUGGAGAUGUGAUGUCGAAAGAUCAAACAUUGAGCGGACAAGUUCAGGCGGCUGCGAUUUCUCGAAACAUCGAUGAGAAAUCGCAAAUUUGUGUUGCACUUGGCGAUGGAAAAGUUCAAAGUUAUCAUUUGCAAAAGAAAAAGGACAACGAAACUGAGAAAACACAGGAAAUGAUAAGAGAAUUUGGGCAGAAGAAGCAUAAUUUAAUGGUAAUUUGGGAAAGUUUUGGAAAGAAAAUGUUAAUUGUUUUUUUUGAACAGAUGGAACUUGCAAAUUAUGAACAAGAGGAGCAAAUGACAGAUGCGGAAAAAGAACGAGAACAAAGAAUUCCUGUUGAUACAACGGUUCAAUGUGCAUUUCUAAGUGAGUUGUUUAAAGUCGGACCUGGCUCGAUUCUAAAGUUGCCAAAUCUAAACAUAAAUUAUAAAUUCAGUUGAUCAAAAAUCCCGAUUACUAUAUCUCCAACUCGAUGCUUCAAACGAAGUUAUAAUCCGAUCAGUUGCCAUGUUUGCUGAAGGAAUGUUUGAAGGUGGAGAAUCAUUUCUAUGGAUUCCAAGAGGUCGUGAUCAAUCUGAUCACGUUUUAAUUCCUCUAAUCAUCGAAAAAGAUAGUCCAAAUGACAUGCAUGUUAAAGCAUUUCUUGGAACUAUCGACUCAUAUAAAUUACAUGUUUAUGAAUUAUCGAGAAUAAUUCCAAGAUUUGCGAGAUUAGCAUUUUUGACUGAUGAUUCAGUGGAUUUUGUGGCUUCGGAUUGCUUCGUUGAAUUUGAGUUGAAACAGAGAAGCGGAAAACUUAUUGAAUGGCUUCAAGAUAAUUUUAUAGUCGAUGCUAAUUAUGCGAUUCCAAAUAUCGAGGAGAAUGUUUUCGAACUCAGAUUUGCUGGAUUAGUUCCUCGAAGUGAUUUGAAUGUUCUCAUUCGAUUCAAUAAAACAGAUUCGAGGCUAACGAUUUUUUGCGAUUGCGUGGAAACAACUGGAAAUCUAAUUCAAAGUAUUGCUGAAUAUUUUGCGAUUCUGAAUUUGGAAUCACAUGCAAUAUUCCCUGCAUUAUUCAAAGAGGCUGAUGAAAUUAUAAAUGAUAUUGAUCCGAUGUUUGAAGUUCGAGAUAGACUAACUGCUGAAUUACAAGAGCAACAAACACUUGUGAAAGAGGCGAUGAUUCGAGCGGAAGAUAAUAUUGGUAUCAAUAAUCUGUGAGUUUAAAAAAAAGCUGUAUUAUUCUUCAAAAAUAAAAAUUUUUUUCUAUUUAGCCUUGGCGCUCGAAAAUUCUACAUUCGCCUCAAACAACUUGAUUCCGCUGCUCGACAAUCGGCAAAUUUGCGAUUUAUCAAUAACGAAAGAUGCAUCAAAUCAAUGCGAAGAUUAUUGAAAAUCAUCGAAUCCACGUCACGUCUUCGAGUUGGCGAAGCCGGAAGACUUAUUGUAAAUUCUUGUCGGGUUGCUAUAAACGAAGACAACAAACAAAUCAUUACCAAAAUCAUGGAAUUUGGAGCAGCUUGA